GUUUUCUCCUGCCCUCGACAGCACACGGCCAAAACUCCUCGAGCUACCGGGGCUCUGUUCCUCAACAAGAAUGGCUUAUUGUCUGAAUCUCUAGACCCGCGGCUUCUACUCUUAUCUUUCUCAGGACUUUGCUAGAGAACCGAUAGGCGUGCUCACGCUGUCGCAGAGAGAGUUGAAUCUAUCUUCCCUCCCGGCUCGAAACCCGCGAGCCACCACAAUUCCCACCACGAACUCUCGCCACGAACUCCCACCCCGACCGCCCUCCCCUCUCUUCUUCUCGCAAGCGAACGCCCAGAAUGAAGACCGCGAAGGUCGUCACGGGCGAGCCAUCGUCUUCAAAUCGGAGAUCUCAGCCCGUCCGCCAGACUCGAACCAAUCCUCCAAGAUCGAAUGCAGGCCUUAACCGCCUCGGCCCACGGGACUCGCUGUCCAGCGCCAAUACUGCCGAACAGCCUAUAGACAUCUUCCCCGGCGUGACCCACUUCGCCGAUGCUAUCACGGCUCUUCCGAAAGAGCUUGUGCGACAUUUCACCCUUCUAAAGGAGGUCGACGCCAAGGUCUUUGCCCCGCAAGAACAGCUCUUCCAGUACGUGCAGGAGGCCCUCGACAGCCCACCGCCCGGCCCAGCACGAUCGCUCAACGAUGCCACGAGCUCCGCCGCCCCGGCCUCGGCGCCCAUGAGCGUCGCUGGCAGCUCUAGCGGAGCGGCACCUCACGCCAAUCCUCUGCCCGAGUUCUCGGCCAAUGGUUCGACUGCCUCGAGCGUCUUUGACGACAGCAACCUGGCGCGCCGCCACCUCUUCCGGUCCACCGCCGUCAAGAUACAAGAAAUGCUUAACUCGCUUGAGGAGAAGAAUCAUGUCAUAUCUACAGCGAACGAUGCGCUCCGUAAGCAACUCAACCGCAUCGAUGACAUUUGGCCUCAUCUCUCGGAUGAGUUCAGCGAGGAGGCAAAGUGGGGAAGCGACUCGCAUUGGGCGUACCCAGAGAACAGAGCGGCACGCGCGCUGAACACCCAGGCAGAGCGCACUAGGAGGGAGGGCGCUGCUCACCUGUCUGCUGCCGCUCAGUUUGUCGCAGAGGAGGCCGCUGCGCGCAGUGAGUCGCGGAAGCAGGCAGUGGCCGCCAAGAAGAGUCAAAAGAACCAUGCACACGAGUCUGAGCACGACGACCACGAUAGCAAGACCAAACCAGAGGCAAACAACAAAAAGACCCAGAGCAAUUCCAAGAGGAAAACUGCCGCCGCCGCGGCGAAUGCCGAGUCGCCUGCUAAUGUUGGCCUGGGCAUUACUGGCCAGACACCAGCCAGCAACACACCCGCCCCGAAGAGGCGCAAGGUCGAAAAACCUCCUCCCAAUUCGGGGACUCCUGCCGAGCGGUCACUGGCAACGGUCUUGCAGAACGGCAAGAACUCCAAGACAAAGGCAUCAGAGAGCCCUCGUGCGACGCCAGCACCCGAACAGCCGGCGCCGAAAAAGCAGCAGCGAAAGGCACUGCCCAACUCUACGGGGCAGGCCAAGAAGAGGGCCGGGCCCGCUCAGCCGCCGUCGGCUGCAUCUUCACCAGUCAUCAGCGCGUUUCCCGACCCGUCCAAGGCCCCACGAGCAUCUCCCGCACCCCCUGCCAACCCCCGUCCGGCUUCAGCAAGAGCCCGCCAGAACUCUACCGCCUCAAUCGCAGACAAGCGUCCGCCAUCCGUGGCUUCGAACAAGGCAAACGGCAAUGUGCCUGCGCCUAUCGAGAUCCCACCGCCGAACAAUGGCCCUCGUGCUGCUGCCGCCAGUGACAGCGCGAAGACUCAGAUGGAACCGCCAAGCGCAGGCCCCAAGACUGAGCCUAUAAGGCAACAGAGCGAAAGGGCACCGACUCCGAAGUCUGCCGUGCCAGCGGCGGCCCCGAAGGAGAGUUCUGCAAAGCCCGCCGAGGAGGUUGAGGUGCGGAAAGAGCCCACACCAGCAACUGCGCCACCGGCCGUGCAGCAGCAGGUCACCACCACGAAGAGUGGCCGAGCCAGCAAGCCCUCCACGCCCGCCAUUGGCAGCUUCCCCGACAAUCCUCCCACCACCAACAACAACAAUAACAAUAACAACCCUCGCUCCCGCCCAUCAAGAAACUCCGAGGCACCAGCAGUGCCCAAGAGAUCCCACAAAAAGGGAGCUUCCGCGGCACAUGCGGCCGCGGUCCAGAAAGCCCUCGUGCAGCCCACGGCGGACGAGGACCACACAGUACCGACAGACGAGAAUGACGUGUAUGACCCUGACGAGCCGACCUACUGUUACUGCGACCGGGUAUCCUUUGGUCAGAUGGUAGGCUGUGAUGGCGAGCAUUGCACGAGAGAGUGGUUCCAUCUGGGAUGUGUGGGCUUAAAAGUCGCCCCCGGAAAGAGCGUGAAAUGGUAUUGUAAUGACUGCAAAAAUCAAAUGGCGGCUAGCGGGAAAAAGGUCAACGGGCGAUAACGCGUGGCCGAGUGUCGAGGCGCUUUGUGGCGGGCAACCGCUGGGCGACCCGGACUGCGGAGAGCAUAUCGCGAAGGGGGCAUUGUCACCAAGACAGGAUGGCUGGUCUCAGUAUACAUCUGCUUUGAGAUUUGAGUGCCUACAUGAGCGCGGUUUAUGAAGACAGGGGGAGUUCCUGCUUGACAGCCUUGAUGACUGGUACUGUCGCGGUGACAGCUUCGACCCCCAAGAUACCCGUGGAGGGACACGGAAUGUACGGGACGACCAGGGCCUUCGUCGCCCAAAGUUAUAGAGCAGCCGGGGACAAGACCAGCAUGCUUCCAAGUGAGAGGGGUUCAAUAUAUGGGUAACCUCGGUUUGUUAUUUGUAUCUGAAAUCCAGCCUCUACACGCGGAGCCUCCAAAAUGGCCACGACCCGCCUGCUUCCCGAUGGCGGCUUAGGAACUUUAUCAAGCAUUCAUUGCCCGGCCCUUGCUUGCAUCAUGUGCCAGCGACCAGGGCUUUUUGCAAGCUAAAUGUCAUUGUACCCGUAAUUCUCGAAUGGUCUGAUAUCGGUCUGCCAGCCGCAGAAGAGGCCCUUUCUGGUUCCAGCAUCAUAAUUAUCUGCAAUGCCUAGGUAGGAAAUCAUAGACUUUGCUCAGCCCAACUGUUUGUAACUUCGGAGACAUAACGCAAGGACCCUCGAGCCGUUCCCAGAGUGAAGGAGGCAUCGACCGCGCAGCACCAUCACAAACGAUGGGGUAUAGGGGCUUUACGAGG